AAGGCUACAAGAGAGCUGGAGAGGGACCUUUUACAAGGGCAGGUAGUGAUAGGACAAGGGGUAAUGGCUUCAAACUGAAAGAGGGCAGGAUUAGAUUAGCUAUCAGGAGGAAAUUCUUUGCUGUGGGGGUGGUGAGACACUGGAGCCAUGAUAUUUUUAUUAUACAGUUUUACUUUUAGAGACUAGGGACAUUAAAAUACCCGAUUCUGAUAACGUAUUUGGUCAUUUUCUUACCUGAAUGUGAUGCCUGUAGCUGACUGGAAGGCUUUUAAAUCUUCCAGUUUUUUCCUAGCCUAUGCUGUGCAAAUCAUCCAUGAUGGAAUUCAGCAAAAAAAGUAUGAACAAUUUAGUAAGCAGCAAAGCAGAAGAUGGAGCAGAAGAGAUUUUCCCCUGUCUUUGAGAAGACUGGUGUGUGGCAGAUAGUGGAAUUCUUCUCUGUGUGUGAUCGGAUAAGAGUGUAUUGCAAGACCAUAAUCUGUGUUGCUGGCUGAGGUGAGCCCCAUCUGUUAGUGGUGUCAGGGAUGUGCAAUACCCUCACCCUCUGAGCUCAUGCACGCAGGGAGCAGCACAGAAGGAUUUACAGGAACAAAUGCAGGCUCUGAAAGCAGUUGCUAAAAGCAAAGGGAGGAAUUCAGAACGGAAUGCAAUGUUCUCUGCUGACACCCCUUCUAGCUGAGGAAACCCUCUGGUUAAACAGGAACUUUACAAGAUACUGGGUACUUUUCAGUUUCUGCUUAUUCAUAGUUUGACCCCCUUUAAUACAGGUUCACCUAUUGUACGUGCUUGUUAUCAGGCUGGUUUUUAUUCAUUGUCUUUAUGGCACCUUGUGCUGACCUGGGGAAUAAUUUAAAGUAGCAAUCUGAGCUGAUUAGAGUUAAAAAUGGGGCUUGUGUUGGGCUUGGCUUUGUGGUGGUAAAUAUGCAGUGGGUGCUAAUCACCCCCAUGUCAUCCUUCACCCCAGCUGUGGGUCAGACACGGAAUCUGCUUGUGCACUUGAACUGCCAUUGCUUUUCUCCUCUCAGAGGCAGGGAAGGAGUGAGAGUCCUGACACAAGAGCUUACUGCUCCAGGUCUCAUUUCCAUCCUAGGUGAACUCAAAGAACUUCUGAUGGAAUGUGAUAUUUGGGCUUGGAUAAUUUAUGUGAACGAGUUCUCGUUCAGAUCUGAUCUCCUGGCCUUCUGCUUGGUAUUUGAUUUUCCCCUUUCACUGAGUGCUACGAAUUCCUAUGGCUGCCACCUAUGCAGCCAGCUGUUUCUGUCAGUUCAGAAGAUUGUUUCAGUAAUUACAUGGCUGUAGGGACAGAAGAAUAUUGAUGGCUGGAGCCAUUUUUAAGAUUUCAAAGUAUGAAUGCAGAGUGUAGGUUCCUCCCAUUUCUAUCUAUGGAUUUUUAAAAGUAACAGCUGACACCCCUGUGUACAAUAUUUGUGUUCAGAACAUUAACGUGGCUGACUGAACGUCAGAAACAUGCACACAAGGUUAAGGCUUGGACACAAGCUCCAUAAAGAUGAACUAUUGGUGCAUUCAAAAACGGAGUUUGUGGAUGUAAUCAAAUACCUCUGGCUAUACUUACUCUCUGAAACUCUGCCCUAGCACCAAGCCAACAUUAGGUGUCCCAAAAAUGCACUAGGGUUAGUGAAGCUUGUGUAAAGAGCUGAAUACAUGGCAGUGAACCUGUUCAGACAGAAGAAACCAUCUUUCUGUAGUUCUGCUGGGGUGUGUGUGGGGGAAGAAGGGCUAGGGUGGUUACUUUAUUUCCUGGCAGCGAAUAGCACACAUAUUUCAGCACACAAAGCAGAUAUUAGUCUGUUUGUGACCUGCUUCCUGGUGCAAGUGUGCAGGAGCAGGGGCUGGUUUGUGUGUGCUGCACUGCUGCCACUCAGCCCCGUGUGCUGCUGCCCUCGGCACAGGCACGCCGUGUGCCUCAGUGGGCCAAUAACCCUGUGUGCCAGAGGCAACCGGGGCCAGUGUGCACACACCACUGCUGUGCUGGGCCUUCUCCUGGCUACCUGGGACACCUCUGGGAGGAGGUGUGAGCUGCAGGGAUCCCCAGAUCCCCUGGGUCAUGUAAUGCUCCCCAGCACCUACUGCAGAACGGCAUGGCACAGCCACCGAGGGCCACAUCUCACCUGGCAUGCUUGGGUAAGCACACAGGAGAACAGCUUCAUGUGCACCAGGCCAGCUCUGUGCACAUCAUGGGGAAAAACUGCCUUUGGAAUCCCCUGUGCAGUAAUCCUGGUGACUACUUCACAGAUCAGUUUUCAGGUUAAAGAUGGAACAGAACAGAGGGGAGCAGUGUUAUUCCUCCAGAACAUUGGCUCUCCCCUGGAUGGGGGACUCAGGGGGAUGCUGACCUUGGGCAGAGCGGAGUUAGGGUGUCCUGGGGGCAGCCAGGAGGGAGAGGUGGCUCUGGGAGAUGAUGUGACUCUGGGAGAUGAUGUGACUCUGGGAGAUGUGGCUCUGGGAGAUGAUGUGACUCUGGGAGAUGUGGCUCUGGGAGAUGAUGUGACUCUGGGAGAGGUGGCUCUGGUAGAUGAUGUGACUCUGGGAGAUGUGGCUCUGGGAGAUGAUGUGGCUCUGGGAGAGGUGGCUCUGGGAGAUGAGAUGUGGCUCUGGGAGAGGUGGCUCUGGAAGAUGAGAUGUAGCUCUGGGAGAGGUGGCUCUGGGAGAGGUGGCUCUGGCAGAUGUGAUGUGGCUCUGGCAGAUGAUGUGGCUCUGGGAGAUGAUGUGGCUCUGGGAGAGGUGGCUCUGGCAGAUGAUGUGGCUCUGGGAGAUGUGGCUCUGGGAGAUGUGGUGCAGCAGGUGCUGGCACAGGCUCCAGGAGCAGUGCCAGGCACCAGGAGCUUGGCAGAGCUGGGUGCUGGCCCCUCACCCAGACAGAAGGGUUUCCUCUGGGUUUCCUUCCCAGCUGGGAGUGAAAAGUCACAGUGGAGCGUUCAGCUCUGUGUGUUCAUGUGGGAAAGGAGAGCCACGAGCUUUGUCUCACACUUACCUAUGCAAAAAUGCAAAGGGUGGUGCUGUUUUCUCUCUCUUUGUUUUCUUUGUGACUGAGGAAAGAGUUGUGAUUGUUGGCUGAACACAUUCACACAGAGGGCUUCAGCACUGCUGAAUAAAUGCACUUAGAGGGCUCCAGCAGAAUUUCUGAUGCUAUUUCAUGACAACUGCAGGAGUUUGACAUCGUAAGGCCCUAUUUAUGUGUUUAGAUCUAGACCACCACACCUGGCUGUAGCUAUUUCCUCAGCUCCUGCCUGACUUACUGACUGAUGGUAUUAGUAUCUCGUGUGUAGAAGCAUCUUCAAACUCAGGUAUGGAAUCAGAGCAUGUCUCCCAAUUAGUUUAGCCAUUAAUAGAGAGCAAAAAGAGCUAUAUGGCUGUUCCAGAGUGAGAAUAUGGCUGUUUCAGAGCCAGGCAAGAUGUUUUUGUGUGUUGCUCACAAUACUCUUCCCUUACAGAGGUUAGUCUGAGGUUCCAUCUGACACUCAGUAAAAUACAUGAAUAACUUAAUGCUGUGUUUGACAGAGUUCCUUGUCUCAGUUUUUUCAAAGGCAGCACCUGUAUGCAUCCUUCAGGUGGUUUCAAUAUGAAACUUCUGCUUUUUGUCACGAAGUUUUGUGGAUUCUGACCCAGAACUUGAUAGGAUACAUGUGAGGCAGUUUGGCUCGUUGGAAAUCUCAAGCCAGUAGAACUACAAACACUGGCUUCUGAAAACCAGCUGUGAAAUUAUCUAAAUAUCUAAGAUUUAAUUUAGAGGUAAAUAUUAAUGCAGAUACAUCACAGGGUUUUUUUUGCUUUAAUGGUUCUAGUGAACAAAGAAUGUGAAACACUAGUUUUCAGUUUUAUUUGCUCUACUGAAGUAGCAAAGGAGGGCAGGGUUUUCCUUGCCUCAUCAGCUGUUAUCCAGCCAGUAGCCCAACCCACAUGCAGAAUUUAUUGAAAGUGUGGGCAAGAGAGAGUUACUGGGACUCCUGCAAAGCCAGUUUGGCUCAUGACUUUGUCCAACUUUCCUGCUAGGUUUCAAGAGGCAUUGUAAGGUUGUGAUCAGUGCUUCUGAUGAGUUCAUGAAGCCAUCACUACAUUUAGUUUUAAUAACUGUUUCUCUAAUGAAAAAGAAAAUACACCUUUGUCAUACUAAGAAGCAUCUCAUGUUUUGAAUCCAAAUUUUCUACAUUUCUUUUGGGUUUUGUCUGUUGUAUAAUAUUUAGCUGGGAUAUUUUGCCAGUCACAUGGCUGAAAUAAGUGUUUCUUUUAAUUUUGGGGGAGGAGGUGAGGUCAAAACAGUGCUUUCUUCUUUUUGGCUGGUGAUUCUAUUAUGAUUAUAAUGAUGAUUCUGAUUUCUUCAGGAAGAAUAUCCAGAGGAGUGAGAGUUUUUCUC